UCGUUCGGGAUAUCUUCAAAGAUGUCUAAUAAAGCAUCUAGAAGGAUUACGCGUUCACUAUGAUCAUACCGUUAGAGAUGUAGAUGGCUCGGUGAUUCAAUUUAAUUAUGGAGAAGAUUCUCUUGAUGUUGUCAAGCAAAAGCAUCUUAAUAAAUUUCAAUUUAAUACUGAAAAUUACAAAGCAUUAAUACAAAAAUAUGAUAUAAUCCAAGCACCUUUAUUAUUCGAUAUUUCAAAAGCUUCUCUUCAUGCAAAGCUUUUAAAAAGCCUGAGAAAUAUGAUCCGGUACUUUCAGUAUACUCUCCGAGCAGAUAUCUAG